GAGAUGAAGAGCUCGCAUCGCCCUGACAUCAACAUCAGACCAAUUUGUUUUCUUUUAAAGUGAAACAUAAACUUUGACAAAACACAAAAUUUUGUAAAUAUCAUUUUUUUUCCACGCAAGAACGGCCAAGGCAGGAAGUCGAAGUCAGCUGAUCGUCGCGGCGCGCGUUUUGUGCCACAUUCAAGCCAAAAUAUUGUCGCAAACGGGGUAGUUACGGAAUGCUGCUGCGGGUCAUUCCCCCUUCUUAUCAUCGACACACACACUGCAAACCCGACCCAGAGGAGAACUUCCACUAGCAGACAAGCUGACAAAGCAGUCCAUUCUAUUACCCUUAGCGACCAUAACCUAAGUAUUAGUUAGGAAACUUGUUGAUUCCCGAGUACGUCUUAAGUACUCAGGUAACUUGUAAACAAGGCUGUCUUGAGGGGUGUACCCGGACAAGCAAACUAGACUCUGAUGAAGAGACGAGUCUGGAAGACGCGGUUCAAGUGACAGGUCUCUUGGUGUUUGGAUUUCAUUGCAAACCUAAUGAGAGACAGUAGUCAAAGUGCGGAGUACCGAUACCACGAUCAGCCAGCAAUGACGACCUCCUCACAAUUUACGUUGACCAGUAACUUGAUAAAACACAAGAAUCAAAGAAUGAAGUGCUUCACCGUCAGUGUGCUCGGAAUUGCAAUAUUUGCCAUUCUUCUAGCUUACGUAGCAUUUGCUGAUAAGGAUGGAGACGGAAAACCAGAUAUCAAAGUUGCUUAUGUGAUUUUUAGGCACGGUGACAGGAAUCCAACUGAAUCGUACGCAACAGAUCCAUACAAUGAUAUAAAAUAUUGGCCAGGUGGAUGGGGUGCCUUAACAAAUAAAGGAAAGCUUCAGAUGUACAAACUCGGAAAAUACCUGAGAUCCAGAUAUGCAGAAUUAUUAGGAGAAACGUACUCAUCUGAGCGCUUACUUGUCAGAAGUAGCUAUGCAGACAGGGUUAUUAUGAGUGCGGGUGCAUUGCUUGCUGGCUUGCAGCCCCCAUCAACUUCUGAAAUAUGGCUCCCAGGUUUCAACUGGCAUCCAAUCCCAAUUCAUUCUACUCCUCGCUCUCUUGAUCAGUUAAUUACUGUUAAAAAGAAGUGCCCUCGCUAUGACAAAGAACUUAAAGAAGCCUAUCAGUCUGAAGAAAUUUCCAAAAUUAAUACAGAUAUUGCAGAUUUAUACAGACAUCUUUCUGCUAACACUGGUCAAAAUGUGUCAACUGUACUAGAUGUUGAGUUUCUCUUCAACACAUUAGAAAUUGAGGAAGCCAAUGGACAUAAGCUGCCUGAUUGGACCAAAGAAAUCUAUCCUGAGAAGAUGAAAGAGAUAGCCACUAUCUCAGUUAAAAUAUUCUCUCAAACUCCGUCCAUGAAACGUUUUGUUGGUGGUCCACUAAUUAAUGAUAUGAUAGAAAAAAUGGUUGAAAAUCACAAGCACUCAUUAGAUCAAAAACAUGAAGUGUUCCUCAUUGCAGGACACGAUAUGACUGUACUUAAUGUCAUGAGGGCGCUGGGCUUUGAUGAAACUUCUAAACCAGAUAUUGGAGCUGCUAUACUAAUAGAACUCCAUGCAGGACCCCCAGGACUCGGAGAGAGCACAGACUUUGUCAAGCUUUUCUACAUGAAUUCGAGCUCAACCACAGAUCCAAUCCAGUUGAGCCUCAAUGGUUGUGAUGAGAUCUGCUCAUUGGAUUCUUUUGUUUCAGCUUUGUCCCAUGUUGCAAUAAAACCAAGUGAAUGGGAAACAGAAUGUAAUAAUUAAAAUAUUUGAACUAAUAUUAAGUCCUCACUGUUGUUCAGAUUAUGUAGGUUUAGUUGUUGUUUUUAGGUCAUUAGUUUAGUCUGUGCCCUUGUCUGUGCCUCUCUGGAGACAUUCUGUCUGACAUGCAUAAGCAUGAAAUCAAAUCUAGAAAUUUUAUUGUAACUGGUCGUUGUGCUUUUAUCGUCUGUAUGUAACUUUGCUUCAAGUUAGUGCAAUAAAUUAAUAAUGAAUACAAGAACAGAAAAAGGUAGUAAGUGACAAAUAAAGCAUUGGCUUACUAAAUA